AUGAGUUGCCAGAGCCCGACGACCCAGCGGACGCGCGCGGCCCCGCCGCUCCCGGCGGCCGUGGGCGCGGAGCUCGCGCGGCUCGAGGCGCGCCUGGGGCAGUGCGCCGGCCCUGACGCGCGCCAGCGGCUCGCGGGGCUCGGCGAGGCGGCGGCGGCGCGGGUGCUGCGCACGAUCGCCGAGUCCCGGACGCCCGUCAAGACGCUCUCCGGCUUCAUCAGGUACCUGGCGGACAAGGCCGACAAGGACUUUGAGAUGAUGCAGCGCAACGCGCGGAGCAUCCCUCCCGCCGAGAGCGCCGCCUGUUGCAGCUCCGGCCCUUCGCAGGGAGAUGACUCUGUAUCUGGGCCACAGUACCAUAGCGAUGAUCAAGUUGAGGUUCAAAGCCCUUACACUGAAGAGAUAGCUUUUCGUCCCUCAAACCAUGCUGGGAGUCCCAGUCAACCGUGGCCUAUCAGUUUGCAGGAUAACAUGGGUCCUGUCAGAGAAAUUGUUUGUAUAGAACCAAACGUGGCCACGAUGGCAGCUAAUACUCCAUCUGGUCGGGCCUCCUUGCAAAUCCAGGAUGACAUUCAGAUUAAUGAUCCUAUCCGAGCAAUGACUCCUACUCUGAUGCCGGCAACAACCCGGCCCAGGAUGGCAGCCGAUAACCCAUCCUCAAUGACACCUGCUAUGAUGCCAGUUCCAACCCUGCCAUGGAUGGCAGGCGAGAACCCGCGCGCUUGGAUCCCGCUCCUGAACCUGGACUAUGCUCCUACUCCUGAUGUUAUGAUGCAGGGGGGUAGCCCUGGCCAUUGCGUGUCCAUUGGGCUGCAUAAUGAUAUGAGGAUUGAAAGCCCCAUACCAAAUGCCAUUCAUACACCUCCGAGAAGUGUUUCCACACCAAGCCCUGUGCGGGAUCUUUCAAGACCUGUUCAGCGAAUGGUUCUUCCGUCAGGAAGCCCACAUAGCCCAGCAUGGGCAAUGGCGCCAAGUUGUGCAACCUAUCAUGCCACAGAAAAUGCAUUGAGGGAGAAAGCAAGUCCUCAAAUGCAAGCACUGGAGGAAUUGGAGUUCAUGAAGAGAUUUAUGAUUUGUGCAUACCUUCGUCAGUGA